UCUUUGAUCUUUGGAAUCUUCUAUCCAUAUUUUUAAAAAUUCAAUUUUCAAAAAUAAAAGAUUGUGAACUUUCCAUGUAAUUCGGCACCAUAUUUCAUAUAUUUGUUGAAUUUUUUUUUUUGUAAGUCUUAAAAACUGUCUCCUAAAGAAGAAAAAUCAAUUAUUCAAAAUUCUUUUCAUACUUUAUUUUUUUUCAUCUUUGUCUUGUGUAGUUAUGGUCUGCCAUUGCUGAAGAUUGAAGCUUUUAUCUUCUUUUAGAGACCCAUUUGAACUAUUCUUUUGUUUCCCCAGUAAAUAUCUGCUAUAAAAAGAUCCCAAGAGAUUGGAUUGAAGUAUCAACAGUGCUUAAAUGGGUUGGAAAGACAAGAUUAGAACUGUGUUUCAGGGUAAUACAAAUGAGAUUGAGCUUGGAUGUGGACAUACUAUUAAGUCUCAUGGAUCAUCAGUUGCAAGAAUUCACAUGCAUGACUGGCUUAUAUUACUACUCCUUGUAGUAAUAGAGGUAGUCCUUUAUGUCAUCGGUCCAUUUCACCGGUAUGUUGGAAAGGAUAUGAUGACUGAUCUGAAAUAUCCCAUGAAAGAUAAUACGGUCCCAGUGUGGUCUGUUCCCCUAUAUGCAGUUGUAUUACCUAUUAUCAUCUUUAUUUUCGUUUAUCUUCGGAGGAGGGACAUCUAUGAUCUGCACCACAGCAUUCUAGGCCUCUUAUUUGCCGUUCUAAUUACGGCAGUAAUCACGGAUGCCAUCAAGAAUGGAGUAGGCCGUCCCCGACCAGAUUUUUUCUGGCGUUGCUUUCCUGAUGGUAAAGAUGAGUAUGAUCAGUGGGGAGACGUAAAAUGCCAUGGUAAAGCAAGUGAUAUUAAGGAAGGACAUAAGAGCUUCCCAAGCGGGCAUACCUCAUGGUCAUUUGCUGGUCUCGGGUUUCUAUCGUUGUAUUUAGCAGGGAAGAUUAAAGCAUUUGAUCGCCGAGGGCAUGUGGCAAAACUGUGCAUAGUUCUUCUUCCUCUCCUAAUGGCAUCUCUUGUUGGGGUCUCACGUGUGGAUGACUACUGGCAUCAUUGGCAAGACGUCUUCACUGGAGGAAUGAUAGGCCUUUUCGUUGCUACAUUCUGUUACCUGCAGUUCUUCCCUGCUCCAUACCAUACUGAAGGAUGGGGACCAUAUGCAUAUUUCCGGGCUGUGGAGGAGGUUCGUAGUAGCAGACCACACGUCCACCCUACUAACGGAGGAUUAGAGACGGAACAUCCCGAGGUACAACUGAAUCAGCGACCGAGUACAACUCCCAAUCCAUUUGAGGAUGUGGAGUAUGGCAGAAUGUGAGACAUGAGACACUGCUUAUAUUUUUGUUCAAAGUAUUUUAAUUGGCACAGUUUGUUAUUUUCUUGUGAAUAUUUAUGUCUGUUUUUGUUAAGUAUUUUAGCUAUAGGGAACUAUUUGAUUACUGAAAUUGUUUUAAUCAGUGGUAAGUUCUUUUUUUUUUGUGUAAUUUGUUGCAUUAUUAGUUUAUUGGUUGAUAAUUUUGUCAUUA